CUCAUUCGUAGAAAUGCAGAUCAUGAACGCAAGUGUUGUGUUGCUACUCACAACUAUGGGGUUCAUGUUCAAUAUGUCCUUUGGGGCUAUGUGGCACGAGGCUGGCGAUGGACGUCGUUACUUGGUCGAGGGGACUGCAAAAUAUAACUGGCUCCAGGCUUUGGAUCAAUGUUUACUCAAAGGAUUACAACUGGUGGUAAUUGACAGUGCGGCAAAAAAUGAAGAGUUGGUUAAGCUGUUGCGUUCAAUAUUUGGCAAUUCUCGUGACUUAUGGAUAGGUCAUCAUGAUGAAUUCAAUAAAAAAGGUGGUGCAUCUCGCAACUGGUAUUCAGCCGCAAUAGGUGAACCGAUAUUCUUUGGGUAUUGGGAUCGCGGCGAACCCAACAACAGAUUUGGUGAACACUGUGCUCAAAUCUAUAGAAAAUCGAAUUUUAGAUGGAACGACGAAAACUGUGAUACCCAUUUCUUCGGUUAUAUCUGUGAGAAGGCUAAUAAAACUGAUCUAGAUCAACCUGAUAUACAAUAAAAAAAUCGAUGAUUGGC